ACAUCCGCAAUGUAAUAAUUAAAAUUGGAUAACCAAAAGUUGCCACAUCAUCUUUUGGUUAUCCAUUUAAGAUAUUGUUAAGAUUAGCAAUGUAGAGGUCCACAAUGUAAUAAUCAAAAUUGGAUAACCAAAACUUGCCACAUCACCUUUUUAAACUAAAAAAAAAUUCUAAAAAGUAAAAUUUUUGACAAUAAUUUGGAUACUCGUUUUGAAAAAAAUAACAGUUUUUUUAAGAAAAUAGUUUAGUAAAAAAAAUUGAAAAUAGUUUUUUUCAAAAAGAAAACAGUUUUAAAAAAACAUUUUUUUUGAAAAACUGUCAGAAACCGUUUUUAAAAAAAGAAAAAACAGUUUUUGUGUAAAAACACUUUAAAAAAAAAGUUUUUUGUAAAUACUGUUUUUUUAAAAGUUUCUGAAAAAAAAAACAGUUUUUGAAAAUAAUUUUUUGGAAACAUUGUUGAGAGAGAGAGGGAGAGAGAGAGAGAGAGAGAGAAGGUUUUUAUGUAAUGAUGGGUGUACUUGAUUGAGAAAAUGUGGGGACCAUUAGAUUUGAUUAUUGGCAAAAAGGUUGCUAGUUUUGAUUAUUUAAAGGCCAAAAUUUGAUGAGUUGCUAAGAGGUUGCUAAGUUUGGUUAUUACAAUGUGAGCACUUUUUUGAACAAACAUUGCUAACUUUAGCAACUUUUUGGUUUUGAUUUAUUACAAUGUGGAUGCUCUUAGUCUUUUCUUGGGCUUUGUUCAAUGCAUCCUAUGAAAUUGAAAUCCCAAGAAGCCUCUUCUUUGGCUUCUCCAUGUAGUUAUCAUGUGUUUUUGAGCUUCAGGGGCGAGGACACUCGUAAGACUUUCACUGAUCACCUCUAUACAGCUUUGGACCAAGCUGGAUUCCUCACCUUCAGAGAUGAUGAUGGCAUAGAAAGAGGAGAAUAUAUCAAGUCUGAACUUGAGAAAGCAAUUCGAGAGUCCAGGAUAUCGAUAAUUGUCUUCUCAAAGAACUAUGCCUCGUCAACUUGGUGCCCUGAAGAGCUUGUGAUGAUCCUCAAACGCAAGACUCUUGGAGACGUAGUUCUACCUGUCUUCUAUGAUGUGGAUCCAUCUGAAGUGAGGAAGCAAAUCGGCAGUUUCAAAGAAGCAUUUACAAGGUAUGAAGAGAAGCUCAAAUCAGAAACAGUUGAAUUGGCGAAAGAGAAAUUGAAGGACAAGGUAGGAACGUGGAGGGCUGCACUUAAAGAAGUUGCUGCUGUGGCUGGGAUGAAUUUACAAAAUCAAGUUGAUGAGUAAUUUCCUCGUAACUCACUUCUUUAGCUAGCCAUAACUUGUGUCGCUUUUCAGCUCAUACUCAGCCCAUUAUUGUAGUAGCGGCAAUAACAUGCUCAUUUUUGUUAGUUAUUGCUUUGAAAUGUUUUAAUUCUUGGUUUGUGCUAUUCACUCAUGUAUUCUUUUUGUUUUUUAUGUCCCAUCUUCAUCCCAAUUUUCAGACACGAGGCAAGGCUUAUCAAGAAAAUUAUAAAAAUGGUUGGAGACAAGCUAAGUCGCACGGCCUUGAACAUUGCCCGCCACUUGGUUGGAAUGCAUUCACGAGUUAAAAACAUUCAGCUUUGGUUAGAAGAUGGGCCAAGUAAUGUUGGCAUAGUUGCAAUUUGUGGAAUGGGUGGAAUAGGAAAGACAACCAUUGCAACAUUUCUGUAUAAUUUGAACUUCUCAAGAUUUGAAGGUGGCAGUUUUAUUGCAGAUGUAAGAGAAAUUUCACAACAACAAGAUGGUUUACUUCGUUUACAAAGACAGUUUCUUGCAGACAUUUGUAAGACAAGGAAGGUAAAACUAAACAGUAUUGCUGAAGGAACUGCUAUGAUUAAAGAUGCCAUAUGUUGCAAAAAAGUUUUUGUAGUUCUUGAUGAUGUUGAUAAACUUGACCAAAUUGAAGCACUACUUGGAAUGCGAGGUUGGCUUUUUCCAGGAAGUAAAAUCAUCAUAA